CAGAUUUUACAGCGCACCAGUACAUCCUCCUGUUUUGUUGAUGCCUGUUUUGAAAGCAGAUAACAACUCCCACACCGUCUGAUUCUCAAUUCUGGGCCAUUCCCAUUAGCCGUGAACUCCCAAGAGAGUCUCAAUUCCUUACCUCUCCCCUCUUCACAGUCCACUUGCCUACAAUAGGCACACUCCGCCCACCAUGUCGUUAACAAACUGCCGCUUUUACGAGGAGAAAUUCCCGGAGAUUGAUAGUUUUGUAAUGGUGAACGUGAAGCAGAUUGCAGAGAUGGGCGCAUACGUUAAGCUGCUGGAAUACGACAACAUCGAUGGAAUGAUUUUGCUAUCGGAGCUGUCGAGACGACGUAUCAGAAGUAUACAAAAGCUUAUUCGAGUGGGAAGAAAUGAAGUCGUGGUAGUUCUUCGUGUGGAUAAGGAGAAAGGUUAUAUCGAUCUGUCGAAACGAAGAGUAUCCCCGGAAGAUGUCAUCAAAUGUGAAGAACGAUACAAUAAGGGCAAACUCGUUCACUCAAUCAUGCGCCACGUUGCGGAGAAGACAAAGACUCCAAUGGAAACGCUCUAUUCGCAAAUUGGCUGGCCACUGAACAAGAAAUAUGGACAUUCCAUUGAUGCCUUCAAACUUUCUAUCACAAACCCGAGUGUCUGGGAUGAUGUAACAUUCCCUAGCCAGGUGGUUAAGGAUGAACUCCAAAACUAUAUUAGCAAGAAGCUCACUCCACAUCCUACUAAAGUCCGUGCAGAUGUCGAAGUGACUUGUUUCGGCUACGAUGGUAUCGAUGCUGUGAAAGAUGCUCUUCGGACUGCGGAAUCAAAUAACACACAAGAUGCACAGGUCAAAGUUAAGCUUGUGUCUCCCCCGCUAUACGUGCUAACGAGCCACUGUUUGGACAAGAACCAUGGAAUCUCUGUUCUGGAGGAGGCGAUCAAGAGCAUCGACACAAAAAUCCGGGCUUCUGGAGGGGCCUGCGUGGUCAAGAUGGCGCCCAAGGCUGUUACGGAGCACGAUGAUGCGGAAUUGCAAGCUCUCAUGGAGAAGAGGGAGCGGGAGAACCAGGAAGUUAGCGGAGAUGAGGAUAUGAGCGAGAGCGACGAGGGCAUUGUCGAUGCGUAAACACUACGGCCAAAAAUUUGACGAUUUGCUCUUGUCUUAUUUUUCUUUUUCGGUCUCCUUGUUAUACCAUUUCCAAAGGCUGUUGGUCACGAUUCUACGGGUUUGAUGACCAGCCGUGAUUGCGAUGCUUUUUAGGGGGGAUAGCGGUAGAUAAAAGUUAAAAAUCAGGACAGCUUCAAUUUGUGUGUUCUUUGUGCAUGGAUACCCACCAAUCGACCUGAUGUUGACUUCUCUCGCAACUCAUACUCUUGUAGAUAGUUAACUCGCGGUUAGUUAACUAUGGCAGCGUGUGACUUUCAGGAGCUCCAAGACCAACCAACCUACGUAAUGGUGAUACAAAAGUCUGUUUGCAUC